CCCGCGCCCCCAGCCAUGUCGGCCGAGGAGAUGGUGCAGAUCCGCCUGGAGGACCGCUACUACCCGGUGAGCAAGAGGAAGCUUAUCGAGCAGAGCGACUACUUCCGCGCCCUCUACCGCUCCGGCAUGCGCGAGGCCCUGAGCCCCGAGGCCGGCGGCCCGGAGGUGCAGCAGCUGCGCGGCCUGAGCGCGCCGGGCCUGCGCCUGGUGCUCGACUUCAUCAACGCCGGCGGCGCCCGCGAAGGCUGGCUCCUGGGCCCGCGCGCCGAGCAGGGCGGAGCGGGGGACGCGGAUGAGGACGGGGACGAGGGGAGCCUGCUGUCCGAGCUGGUGGAAGCCGCCUCCUUCCUGCAGGUCACGUCCCUGCUGCAGCUGCUGCUGUCCCAGGUGCGGCUGGGCAACUGCCUGGAGAUGUACCGCCUGGCGCAGGUGUAUGGGCUCCCCGAUCUGCAGGACGCCUGCCUGCGCUUCAUGGUCCUGCACUUCCAUGAGGUGCUGUGCAAGCCCCAGUUCCAACUCCUGAGCUCUCCUCCCCAAGCCCCGGGGGACAUCAGCCUCAAGCAGAGGCUGAGGGAGGCCCGGAUGGCUGGGACUCCUGUUCUCGUGGCCCUGGGAGACUUCCUCGGGGGACCCCUGGCCCCGCAUCCCUACCAAGGGGAACCCCCGUCCAUGCUCAGGUAUGAGGAGAUGACGGAGCGCUGGUUCCCGCUGGCCAACAACCUUCCUCCCGACCUGGUGAAUGUCAGGGGUUAUGGGUCCGCCAUCCUGGACAACUACCUGUUCAUUGUGGGCGGGUACAGGAUCACCAGCCAGGAGAUCUCCGCGGCGCACUCCUACAACCCCAGCACCAAUGAGUGGCUCCAGGUGGCCUCUAUGAACCAGAAGAGGUCUAACUUCAAACUUGUGGCUGUUAAUUCAAAACUGUUUGCCAUUGGUGGGCAGGCCGUUUCUAAUGUUGAAUGUUACAAUCCUGAGCAAGACGUGUGGAAUUUUGUGGCACCCUUACCAAAUCCUCUCGCUGAGUUCUCUGCAUGUGAGUGUAAGGGGAAAGUUUAUGUCAUUGGAGGAUAUACUACCAGAGACCGAAACAUGAACAUCUUGCAGUACUGCCCCUCUUCUGACAUGUGGACGCUCUUUGAAACCUGUGAUGUGCAUAUUCGCAAGCAGCAGAUGGUGUCUGUGGAGGAGACCAUCUACAUCGUUGGGGGGUGUCUCCACGAACUGGGGCCUAACCGGAGGAGCAGCCAAAGUGAGGACAUGCUUACUGUGCAGUCCUACAAUACCAUCACCCGGCAGUGGCUCUACCUCAAGGAGAACACGUCCAAAUCGGGCCUGAACUUGACUUGUGCACUCCAUAAUGAUGGUAUCUACAUCAUGAGUAGAGACGUUACCCUGUCAACCAGCUUGGAACAUCGAGUUUUCCUCAAGUACAACAUCUUUUCAGAUAGCUGGGAAGCAUUUCGGCGUUUCCCAGCCUUUGGACACAACUUGCUGGUUUGCUCCCUUUAUCUGCCCAAUAAAGCAGAAAUAUGAUGAAUUGACUUAAUAG